CCAAUUGCGUGAGGUGAGCUGACGUACAGUCAGCCAUAAAAGAGCAAGUGGGGCUGGCUUAUGAAAAUUCUUAACUUCCUGACAGAAAAUUUCGAAUCUUUUGUAAAUCAUCUUAAAGUGUGCAGAUCUUGCGCGAAGAGCAAAGCCGCACAUACUGUAAGCAAGGGAGAGUGCGUGACUGGCUUUUGAGAUAAGGUUAUAUUAAAAAUGAAAGGUGCUGAGAAGGUCUGAGAUUUCCGCCGUGUUAAGAAAACACCACAGAUUUCAUGGGAUCUGAGUGACAGCUGGUAAAAAGCCGUCAAAUAGCGGGAACCUGUGUAAUUUUCCAUAAAGAGUCCAAAUCUGAGAAAAGCUCUGACUGACUUUUGAAAUUGGAACCAAGAAAGCUAAGUCUUAAUAUAGAUAUAUAUUGAUGGACAUCUCAUUUAAAGUGUGUGAUUAUGUGAUAUUUAAAUCAAAUUCGGUGAUACUUAAAGCAAAGGUUGUGAAUACGAGGAUUUAAAAAAAGCAAGUGCAUUCUUUGCCCAGAUGCCUCGAUGGAAAUUGUUGAUGCGAAGACACCUGCGCUGGUCCAGCCCCUUUGCUCAGAGCCUGGUCCUGUGCCUGCUGACGUUUGUGGUUUUUCUGCCUAUGGCCUGUCACCGUUUGCUUUACUCUUACUACUUCAUCAAGCCUUUGUACCUGAACACCAUGAGCGAUAGAUUUCUAGAGGAGAGUUAUCAGAAAGGCCAAGAAGCCCUCCGUUACUGGCAGGGUGUGCACUCAACUCCAGUCCCAGACUUUAGAAAACAUGCAGGCCAGAAGAGGCCAGAGCUCCUGAUUACUGUGAUAAGUGCACAACGAAAGGAGGGAAGUGGGUAUCAUUAUUUACUGCAGGUGAUGCAGCAGCUGUCUUCCCUCCUAGCGGCCUGUGGCAGACAAGGCUGCGCGGCGGAGGUGCUGGUGUGCGAUGUGGAAAGGGAUCCCCUGGCAAAUGAAGAUGCCUCCCUAGUGGGAAAAUGGUUCCGCGUGAUUCGAAGAUCCCCCCAGGAUUCAGACGGGAGUGGCAACUGGGUAAACACGUUUGAAAAAGAGAAGAGGGACUACGUUUUCUGUCUGCGCAGAGGAUGGGAGAUGACUCAGCCUGAAAACGUGAUAGUCUUAGAAGACGACGCUGUGCCCAAGGAAGAUUUCUUCCCUGUGGUCCAAAAUUUGCUCUCUCGGCAGUUUUCUUCCCACACCCUCUACGUCAAGCUGUACCACCCAGAAAGACUGCAGAGAUACUGGAACCCUGAGCCAUAUCGCAUCCUGGAGUGGAUAGGACUGGGGCUCAUUGGGGCCUCUGUCCUGAGUCUUCUCUUUUCCCUCUCCCCUUCCUUCUCCUUCUCUCCAGCCCAAAUGGUUUUCCUCACUCUUUACGUCAUGGUGUUUGUGGAGCUCGUGGGGAGGCACUACCUGCUGGAGGUACGGCGCAUUUCCCCGCAGCUCUACGCAGUGUCCCCAGCCACCGAAUGCUGUACCCCGGCUAUGCUGUUCCCCGGAAAUGCCUCGCUCCGGGCUGCCGCGUACCUGGAUGGGACCUUCUGUGAAAGGGGCAGAGCCAAGGACAUUGUGCUCUACCACCUCGCCCGCUCCGUCCCGGGAGAGAGGGCUCACAGUCUGGAGCCCAACCUGGUCACCCACAUUGGGGCCUACUCCUCCGUUCGGAGCAAUCCUGUCCGGCCCCGCUUGCUCUGAGGCUGCCUUACGACCCUGCUUGAAUCAGGGCUGUGCAGCUCCGGGUCUUGACGGCUGAGAUUAUGCAAACUAACACGGAAUUAGCUUUAUUUCUUG